AUCAUUGUUCCAGUUUCAUUGUUCAUUUCUCCAUGCCCUGUUUUGAUCAGAAUUGUACUAAAUUUGUAAGCGAAUGUUAAUGUGUGUUGGUGUGAGUUACCAAAAUAUAAAAUGUCUGUGGUAUCGGAGCAACAUCUGGCCAUCACAGGUUUGUUUUCCACAACAAAGUUAAGACAAAAAUUGUCCAAUGUCGUUUCUUUUUGGGAAGUUCGUACCAUUUGGAAUUUUUUUAUACGAAAAAAGGAAAAAAAGCGCUAGAAGCGUGACGCCCCUUACGACGAUACAAAGCGGCUCGGUUCACCGACCUUAUGAUCGCCUGGAGUCUUCAGUACUGCCCACUCAUGUGGUUUUGCCCAUCUUCUGAGUAGCCUCUCAUUUGGCUCUGCAUUCUCACAUGUUAGUUACACUCGAGACUUCGAACAUGCUCGGAUGUCGAAUUUAAACUUGGAACUGUUCUUAACGAAAACUUCAUAUGUCCUAGUAAAAUUCAAGUUCUUUUACGGGCAGACGUCGCCAUGGAAUCAUUUCGCCGAAGAAGCAACUUUAGCUAUCCACUUCAGCGAGUGCUCUUCAUUUCCAUGACUUUUAUUCUGAUCAUGUGUUAUUAUUAUCAGGAUGUCAUUACAGAAAAAACUAAAUCCACAACACAGUUUGCGAAACAGGAUGGACUGAAUGCAACUGCCAGUAGUGUGAAAACGAUAUUGAUUUGGAAUGCAUACUCCCGAUUUGAGUUGGAAAUUUUCGGUGAAGGAUCUGAUACUUUCGCUAGUCAUAACUGUCCAAUAAACAACUGUCUUAUUACAAAAAAUCGAUCUUGGGCUGCUCUCCACGAUUUUGAUGCUGUCAUAUUUAAUAUGCCACCACUCUCUAUUUACAAGUUUCCAGUGGAUGAUUAUCGACGACAGGACCAACGUUACAUUUUCUUUUCCCAAGAGCCACCGCCAUACAUUGGAGAAGAAGUUAACAAAUUCAACCAUUUCUUUAAUUGGACAAUGUCAUAUGCAUCUCACUCGGACAUUCGCUACCAUUACGGAGAAGUUAUACCUUUACCAUCUGCCCCUACAACUCAUUCCAGUCGCACGGCAUAUAUAAACUCAACUCGACAUGGCGAGAAUUUCGCAGCAGGCAAAACAAAAAUGGUUGCUUGGUUCGUUUCGCAUUGCUUCACACAGAGUCGCCGAGAAAAAUACGUCACCAUCAUGCGUCAAUACAUCCCUGUUGAUAUCUAUGGUGGUUGUUAUUCGCUUCGCUGCCCAAUGAAUGAAAGUGCCUUCUUGUCAACCGAGCCUUGUUACGACAUGCUUGAUCACAACUACAAGUUUUAUCUUGCUUUCGAGAACUCAUUCUGCAACGAUUACAUCACAGAAAAAUUUUUCAACAUACUGCAAAGAAGAAUUAUUCCCGUUGUAAUGGGAGGUGCGAAUUACUCUGCAAUAGCACCUCCACACUCAUAUAUCGACGCAUUAAUGUACAGUCCACGACAAUUGGCAGACUAUCUCAAAUUAUUGGCUUCCAACGAUCAAUUGUACAAUGAGUAUUUCUGGUGGAAACCUCAUUUCAAGAUUGUGAGAAGAUACCCACUGUUAGCCUCCAAUGCGUUGUGUUCUUUGUGUGAAAAGUUACAUCAUAACACAACACAGUCAGUCUAUCACGAUUUAGAAAGCGGAUGGAGUCAGAAAACACAGUGUAAAAGUCCGCGUUUCAAAGGUGUUCGAAUUUUCUGGGGCAUUUUUUGAAUUUACCUUGUGCUAUACACCAUGCAAUGGAA